CGAUAACUAUUUUUUAUAUGGUUUCUAGCAAGAGUAUUUGACCGGUUAUUUAUCGUGUUAUUUAACCUUUUUAGACGAAUUUCUAUACACGUCGUAUAUAUACAUAAACACAUAUAAGGCCGCAAAAUUUAAUAUUACGGCGAGGCGUACACGUAAAGUAAGGAAUCCAGUUGAGAGCGGAUUUUGAAAGGUGCAGCGCUUGCGGCUGUCAACGAUAAAUUCGUCAGAUUAUAUAUUUGCUAUUCCGUGAGAAAGACGUUGCUUUUUUUUUCGAUCAACAUUGCCGUAGUAUGUCAGACGGAGAGGAUGAUUUUAUGUGCGAAGAGGAGGAGGACUACGGUCUUGAGUAUUCGGAAGAUUCAAAUUCAGAGCCAGAUGUAGAUUUAGAAAAUCAGUACUACAACAGUAAAGCUCUGAAGGAAGAUGAUCCAAAGGCAGCAUUGCAAAGCUUUCAAAAAGUAUUGGAUCUUGAAGCUGGUGACAAAGGAGAAUGGGGUUUCAAGGCAUUGAAACAGAUGAUCAAAAUUAAUUUCAAACUGUCCAAUUACAGAGAAAUGAUGACAAGGUACAAGCAACUGUUAACUUAUAUAAAAAGUGCUGUAACAAGAAAUCAUUCUGAGAAAUCAAUCAACUCCAUAUUGGAUUACAUCAGUACAUCGAAAAACUUUGGCUUCCAGAUGGAGUUGCUUCAAGAUUUCUACGAGACGACUCUUGAUGCUCUAAAAGAUGCUAAAAACGACAGAUUAUGGUUCAAAACGAAUACGAAAUUAGGGAAGCUGUACUUUGACCGUUCUGAUUUCAAUAAAUUGGCCAAGAUACUCAAGCAAUUGCACCAAAGCUGUCAAACGGAUGAUGGCGAGGAUGAUUUGAAAAAAGGAACCCAAUUGUUAGAGAUAUAUGCCUUAGAAAUUCAGAUGUACACAGCUCAAAAGAAUAACAAAAAAUUGAAAACUCUGUAUGAACAAAGUUUGCACAUCAAAAGUGCGAUACCUCAUCCUUUAAUCAUGGGAGUGAUAAGAGAGUGCGGUGGUAAGAUGCAUUUGAGGGAGGGCGAGUUCGAACGAGCGCACACGGAUUUUUUCGAGGCUUUCAAGAAUUACGACGAAUCGGGAUCGCCUAGACGUACGACUUGUCUCAAAUAUCUUGUCCUGGCAAACAUGUUGAUGAAAUCGGGCAUUAAUCCAUUCGAUUCGCAAGAAGCAAAACCGUACAAAAACGAUCCAGAGAUCUUGGCAAUGACGAACUUGGUAGUCAGUUAUCAAAACAACGAUAUUAAUCAGUUCGAGCUAAUCCUGAAACAGAAUAGAAACAAUAUAAUGGACGAUCCGUUUAUCAGAGAACACAUCGAAGAUCUUCUGCGCAAUAUUCGAACUCAGGUGCUCAUAAAACUAAUCAAGCCUUACACGAGAAUUCACAUACCUUUUAUAAGUAAAGAAUUGAAUAUUGACGCUUCGGAAGUGGAGAGUCUUCUGGUGUCUUGUAUUCUUGAUAGUACCAUCCGUGGGCGGAUCGAUCAGGUGAAUCAAGUACUCGAGUUGGAUAAGAAAUCUGUUUGUGCGGCUCGUUACAACGCUCUAGACAAAUGGACAAGUCAAUUGCAUUCGUUGCAUCUAGCAGUAGUGAAUAAAAUGUCGUAAUCAAUCCAAGAAAAGGUUCUUUCAAACACGCGAGUGAAACCGAACUAAUAUUGCUGUGUAUAGUAUAACAUUACGAACGCCCGAUUUGUCAUGAAACAUGUGAAAUAUAAAUAAAAAAUCCAGUGUGAUAUUUUAUAGGUAAAAAAGAGCGAAGCAAAUACGGGGUUAAAACCCAAAAAUUAAACAACAAAGCGAGAAAGAAAUGAACACGAAAUUAUUAAAUACUUAAGGGAUUUUCCUGCAUUAUCGAAA